CUGCGCAUUCUCAAGAGUCAAUCUUGUAUAUUUGACUCGAGUCUUUGCCCUUGUAACAAGCUGGGCUUUGGCUUUUGAGUGCAGGUGCCAUGUACACUGCUCCAUCGUCCCGGCCGCUGCCUUACGCGCCUACACCUUACAGCUACACGCCGACGAACACGCUAUCAGCUCGUAUCAACCUCGAUGAAGAGGUGAAACUCGCAGAUUCGGCUGCCGAGCGGGACCUGAUCGAUUCUCUUGCUGAGAUCUAUAGCAUUAUCCGGACGAUCGAUGGCCUUGAAAAAGCAUACAUCAAGGAUGCCCUCCCCGAAAAUGAAUACUCAGACAUGUGCUCAAAGCUCCUCAAGCAAUAUCGAUCCAUUCUGAACGACGAAAGCGUCUCCCGAGAAUUCGUCGACCUCGACACCUUUACACGUAAAUGGGACAUCGAGUGCCCGAGAGCCAAGGAAAGACUGAGAGUAGGCCUCACCGCCGAUGAAGUCUUGACGGUCCAAAAAGCCACUCCUGGCGUGGCUGCACCCACCACAACCGCCUCUGGCAGUCUCAUUCUAGCGGCAACCGAGAACUUCAUCACUUUCCUCGAUGCGCUACGAUUGAACAUGGUUUCCAAAAGUGCUUUACACCCAUUGCUGUCGGAUGUAAUCCAGUCGGUGAACAAGGUGACAGAUCAAGAUUUCGAGCACCGGGGAAAGAUCAUUCAGUGGCUCAUUACACUCAAUCAAAUGAAGACCUCGGAAGAAUUGAGCGAAGAACAAGCUCGAGAUCUAGCCUUCGACAUGGAGCAGGCAUACAAUGGAUUCAAGUCAAUUAUCCACUAAAUCUGAUUGUAUAUGACUAGCACUGAAUGACUAUUCAGUGACAGUUGAGUACUUUCCGCAGAUCGAGGCUUUUUCAUGCAGGCUGCCACCCAGAUGCCGCAGAACGACAUCCGUGUUGGCCGAGCGACGGUUCUGCCUCCAUCAUGUCUGCAGGUUCAUUCCUCCACCGGCAGACCGAGCAAGCUGUCUAUAUUAUACACUCUGUAUUGGGCACCUCCCGGUCCUCAAAUGUGACCGGCGAAACGCCUACUUCGGUCUCAAAUAUACAUGACGAUGGCAUGUCCCGUUUUCCAGACGAACGAAACCACCCCCAGGCUCCGACUCGACAACGGGCACCGAAGAGCAUGCGAUUACGGAUAUGCUACGGAGUAUCGCUACGGAGUAUCGACGACACUUAGUUGGUGUCCGCCGAUCCCACAGGGCCCGCAGUUUUUCCCAGCGACGCAAAGUCCGAUCUGCGUACGGAGUAGAGGCAAGGACUUCGACUUGUGGUCUAGUUGAUUGGUCUGGCUCUAUCACUAGCCAGCGUUGCGGAGCACUUCUCAGUCUUCUCAAGGAAUGCUCUUGAAAUCCCUCACUCGUCUCCGGACAGGCCUUGCUGUCCGAUCAGCUUGAAGCCGGCCACUCAGUCUCCUCUCCCUGUCUAUCAAACCAGACCACUCAACCCACCAGAGCUUCAACACUACUGAGGACGACGCAAGAACCGCAUCAAUGGAAGUUGGACUCCGAGCGAGACAAGAGCACAGUAUUAUAUUACAUUACACAACCGCAUUCCUGCGUACUCGCCCAAUGCAGAUAUGAGCCCCUUCCAAAGUCAUGUCACACAACCCACCAAAAAUCCAAGGUGCAAGCGAAGUGAGAAUGUCACCUUCUCACAACAUGACCGCUUUUACGUGCCACAGAUGUGCCCGACGUCCAUACUCUGUACAGACUAUGUACGAGGCAGGAAAAUUCCACCGAGUAAUUCGAGUAUAGGUAAGGUAUGGAAAAGUGGGAUCAGGUCAUCUUUGAACAAAGGAAAUAAAUAAAAAGAUUCGGCGAGCUGUGCUGUAUAGCUCUCGAAUACCGUAUCGGGUGCAGAUGGACAGUGACUCGAAACGGAAGGGAGCAUGCCAAAUAUAAUAUCUCAGAUUUGGGCACCUUUGUACUUUUGCGUAAACCUAUACAUAUGUACAUACUCGGGUUUCGUGCCUUCACUACGAGACCCUCUACCUUCUCUGGUACUCUUUGUGUGAGAGGUUUUGCAGACUCUCACUCAGGGUCACCUCGUUCCUGGCUUUCUGUACCACGCUGCGUCACACCUGAAGACAAUUGCUUACUUACUAGUAGUAUUCAAGGCACGUACUCCGUACGAGAACUGGGUUGGCAGGCAAACUUGAGCAUACAGACUACUAUUCUGGUUCAAAU